AUGCGAUUUCACUGGGCAGAAGUGCUUCUCUUAGCUGGCUCUGCCCUUGCAUCCCCAUCUACGAAGACACGUGGUGCGCCAUGUAUCAACUCCCUGGGCAGUUUGCAGGUGUUGCAUUAUAACAACCUGGGCCCCCAGAACAAUGGAACGUCAGCCGUUCUCGUGUAUGGCGAGUUGAGCCACAAGGACGCCGCAGCACGGUGUGCUGCAAUUGGAGAGGAACUUCAUCUAUGGUCCUCUACAUCGUCUCGUACGCAGACACAGCUCCUCUAUGAGCUGGACUACUUGGUUUUCUCUAAGAAAUUACGUGCCGAUGCUUUCAUUUGGGUAUCUACCGAGCCAGUCCACGGCAAGCAGUGUCACGCUCUUUCAAUUUCACACAAAAAGCUACUGCAUAUUCCAUGCGAUGUCGAACUCCCCUCGUUAUGUUCCUCAGCACCUCCUCCAUCCACAGAUCUUGAUAGGUGCCCGAGAGAGUCGACCAAGCUCUCCAUUAAGUCACAAGGCUACAGUAUGACUGGAUAUCGCGAUGCCCGCUCUUUUCGAUUCCUCGGAAUCCCAUUCGCAAACCCGCCGAUCGGUCAUCUACGCUUCGCACCUCCACAAGCUUACUCGGGUCCAGCGGUCAUCGAUGCGACUACGAUGAAGGAAUCUUGCAUCCAAUCACUGUCUAGCUUCGGCACGCUAGAUAAUGGGGAUAUCUCCGAGAAUUGCCUUUAUCUCAACGUAUAUACACCUGUCUUGCCUUCCCCAAGGGAUCAAAAGACCGGACUUCGUCCGGUCGCGGUUUACCUGUAUGGUGGCGCAUUUACGAAGGGGACUGCAGCCAUGAUUGACUAUGACGGGGGUAAUUUCGCGAGUCGUAGCGAUGUGGUCAUCGUCACCCUCAAUUACCGCGUCGGUGCGCUUGGAUAUCUUUCUACUGGAGACCUAACUACUGGAAGCUAUGGGACUCGUGACCAGAUUAUGGCCUUGAAGUGGGUCCAAAAACACAUUGCGGAUUUUGGCGGAGAUCCAUCUCAUGUUACACUCUUCGGACAGUCUGCUGGUGGGCAGAGUACAGUGGCUUUGCUAUCAUCUUCUGCUGCAAAGGGUCUUUUCUCCAGCGCGCUCGUUCAGUCUGCGCCACUCGACCUGCCCUGGUUCCCACGCAAGCUAUACUCGAAACACAUAGCACCGGAAGUUGGCAAAGCGGUUGGAUGCGAUUAUACGAGCUCGGAGCAAGCUUUUCUCAAUUGUCUUCGGGCUGUUCCCGCUACGAAGUAUCUCGACAACUCCACUGCCUUUGAAAAUGCUACUACCAGCAUUACCGCAAGUAUCGCGGAUCACUACUAUCACAACACGAAGAUGCUUUCGGGAACCGAACCAUUCAUGCCGAUGGUUGACGAUUCAGGAUCUGGCGUGAUUGACGAUCAAUUCUAUGAGCUUCUGGCCAAUAACAGGCUCCCCAUUCACGUUCCAACGAUGUUCACCAACGUGCACGACGAAGCCGCCCUGUAUACCGAUGGGGAAAUCUCAAAUUUUGGAUCCACACAACUUGCACUGGAUGCCUUGCUCCAAGUAGCAUUUGGCGCUGAACUAGCCCCCAAGAUGAUUUCUUCCAAUGCAUUUGAAGUCAAUAGCUCAGACCCAGAUGGCGUCCGUAACGCUGCUUCUGAUGCGCUUACAGCCAGCGAGUGGACCUGUGCCCAAGGAUAUCUUCUCAAUAAAACGCGCUCCGCCUUUCCUGCCCUUUAUGAGGUGGAAAUUACCAACGGACAUAUCCAGACCAACGUGGGUGUUCCAGCAAUUUGUUCUCCCAACAAUGACUACAACGCGUCGUGUCACACUUCGGACGUGUUGCUCGCAUGGGGCACGUUGAAUUCCAAGACCAAAAACGUCGAUCCUUACUACGAUGAUCAGGAUAUCCGACACUCGCAACUCUUACACGAUAUAUUCGGCGCCUUUUUCCGCACCCGAAAUCCGAAUCCCGACCUUUCCUUCCUGAAAGUUCGUGGGCCCGCUUAUGCGACGACUCAUGCUAUUUUUGCGGGCGGGAAGCACAUAAACCCUUCGCAUGGAGAAAAGCUCAAGGGCUAUUCAAUUGAGCAGUAUCACCCGGAAGAUCGGAAUUUGACCCUACUUGGCAUCCCGCCGUCUCAUAUUGCCAACUUUGAAGAUUCGGACAAGUGUGCUGUUUUCUACGACUACGGACUCACUUUCCAGCGCGCAAAAUUGACAGAUUAA